CACCCGGUGUUCGGCGCGGCCGGCGGGCGCCUGCCGGGCUGGGUCAGAAGCUGAAUCCCGUGCGUGGACUGCCGUUCCCUCUUCGCGGGAUCCUUGGCCACGAUAGCAGAUGCAUUUUGUAGGAGUAUUUUGAAGAUGAAUGUUUGCAAAUCAUUUUGAAAUUGCCAAACGCCACAUACAUGGGAUGCAUCCUGCUUUUUUCCUGGAGUUCACCCCUGUGGCUUGGAUUUAUCACUGUAUCAUCUGUCUUCGAUCUAUGUGUUAACUAGAAAUCAAGGGAAGACAUGAGGAGGUUUGUUUACUGCAAGGUGGUUCUAGCCACUUCACUGAUGUGGGUUCUCGUUGAUGUCUUCCUACUCCUGUACUUCAGUGAAUGUAACAAAUGCGAUGACAAGAAGGAGAGGUCCCUGCUACCUGCACUCAGGGCUGUUAUUUCGAGAAACCAAGAAGGGCCGGGAGAAAUGGGAAAGGCUGUGCUGAUUCCUAAAGAUGACCAGGAGAAAAUGAAAGAACUGUUUAAAAUCAAUCAGUUUAACCUUAUGGCCAGUGAUUUGAUUGCCCUUAACAGAAGUCUACCGGAUGUAAGAUUAGAAGGAUGCAAGACAAAGGUCUACCCUGAUGAACUUCCAAACACAAGCGUAGUCAUUGUGUUUCACAAUGAAGCUUGGAGCACCCUCCUUAGAACUGUUUACAGUGUGAUAAAUCGUUCCCCACGCUAUCUGCUCUCUGAGGUCAUCUUGGUAGAUGAUGCCAGUGAAAGAGAUUUUCUCAAGUUGACAUUAGAGAAUUAUGUGAAAAACUUAGAGGUGCCAGUAAAAAUUAUUAGAAUGGAAGAACGCUCUGGGCUAAUACGUGCCCGCCUUCGAGGAGCAGCUGCUUCAAGAGGGCAGGUCAUAACUUUUCUGGAUGCACACUGUGAGUGCACGUUAGGAUGGCUGGAGCCCUUGCUGGCGAGAAUAAAAGAAGACAGGAAAACAGUUGUAUGCCCCAUCAUUGAUGUGAUUAGUGAUGAUACCUUUGAAUAUAUGGCUGGAUCAGACAUGACUUAUGGGGGCUUUAACUGGAAACUGAAUUUCCGUUGGUAUCCUGUUCCCCAAAGAGAAAUGGAUAGGAGAAAAGGAGAUAGAACAUUACCUGUCAGGACCCCUACUAUGGCUGGUGGCCUAUUUUCUAUUGACAGAAACUACUUUGAAGAGAUAGGAACUUACGAUGCAGGAAUGGAUAUCUGGGGUGGAGAGAAUCUUGAAAUGUCUUUUAGGAUUUGGCAAUGUGGAGGCUCUUUGGAGAUUGUGACUUGCUCCCAUGUUGGUCAUGUUUUUCGGAAGGCAACUCCUUACACUUUCCCUGGUGGCACUGGUCAUGUCAUCAACAAAAACAACAGGAGACUAGCAGAAGUUUGGAUGGAUGAAUUUAAAGAUUUCUUCUAUAUCAUAUCCCCAGGUGUUGUCAAAGUGGAUUACGGAGAUGUGUCAGUCAGGAAAACACUAAGAGAAAAUCUGAAGUGUAAGCCCUUUUCUUGGUACCUUGAAAACAUCUAUCCGGACUCCCAGAUCCCAAGACGUUAUUACUCACUUGGUGAGAUAAGAAAUGUUGAAACCAACCAGUGUUUAGACAACAUGGGCCGCAAGGAAAAUGAAAAAGUGGGUAUAUUCAACUGUCAUGGUAUGGGAGGAAAUCAGGUGUUUUCUUACACUGCUGACAAAGAAAUCCGAACUGAUGAUUUGUGCUUGGAUGUGUCUAGACUCAGCGGACCUGUAAUCAUGUUAAAAUGUCACCACAUGAGAGGAAAUCAGUUAUGGGAAUAUGAUGCGGAGAGACUCACCUUGAGGCAUGUUAACAGUAACCAAUGCCUCGAUGAACCUUCCGAAGAAGACAAAAUGGUGCCUACCAUGCAGGACUGUAGUGGAAGCAGAUCCCAACAAUGGCUGCUAAGAAACAUGACCUUGGGGGCAUGAAGAUCGUUUCCCCAAAGCCGUGGAAGUGUCUACACUUUUGUUUUUCCAUUAUUUCAAUUAGGGAAAAAUAUUAACUUUGCUGAGUGGGAAGUUUUAAAAUCCUUUUAGUAUUCUAAAAUACAGUUGUUUAUAAUUCAUUUUUAGGAAUGUUUGCUUAUUUCCCUACUAAAAUUUGUAUCUGAUCAAAGAAGCACAUAAAAUACAUAAAUAACAGCAAACUGUUAUUAAACAUCAGAACAACUUGAAAAAGAAAUUGUGUUUGCUUUAAAAAGAAAUCUUUACUGCCCUCAUCUCACAAGAUUAGUCAGGGGCUUGUUUUAAUUUUGUUCUUGUCCUAGUGAUUGAAAGAGAAACAAUGUAAAUGCCUUAUGAAAUAUCUUCAUUAGGAUAGAGUAUCAAAUGUUUUUAAAACUCACUCGGUUUCUAAUGGACCUUCAUGGAAACAUGUUGAAUUUCUGUGUCAACAAGGCCACGAAAUUAUUUCUGAGCAGUGAAUUCAUCUUACAAAAUAAGUUUAAAUUUUGUAGGAAAAAAAUUAAAUUGGAUGACUUAAUUAAAUUGGAUUGACUUCUCACAGAGUCCUCAUAAAAGCAUCACAGUUACACAGAAUAGAGGAGAGUUUGAAAGUUCAAUUUAAAGGGCAUGAAAUCAGAAGAAACUAGUUAGGCAUUGAGGGGGGCAAGGUGAAGCUAAGGUGAAAAAAAAUAAAUCAUUUUAAAAGAUA